CGUACUCCGCAGAAGCACCAAAAUGCCUUAAUAUAUAAACAUUUUUGAUUGUCGUCUCUCUCUAUCUCCUCUCUACGAGAUCCAUAGGUCGACUUCAAUCUCUGCAAAAAGGAGAAGGACACUAGAAAGUCGUGAUGGUUAGAGCAUAUGCACAAGAGCACAUUUACAAGCACCCUUGGGAGCGAGUAACCUCUGCAUCGUGGAGGAAAUUUGCUGAUCCUGAGAACAAGCGUACUUUAUCCCACAUCCUUGAAGUUGAAACUUUGAGCCGCAAGCUUGACCCUGAAGCUGGCAAGCUCUAUACCACACGUGCCAUUACUAUUCAUGCUCCAGGACCAUGGUUCAUUCGCAAAAUUGUCGGUCAGGAUAUCUGCCAUUGUGUUGAAUCAACAGUUGUUGAUGCCCAUUCUCGAUCGAUGCAGCUCACCACCCGCAAUAUCAGUCUCCAAAAGUUUAUAGAGGUGGAGGAGAGAAUAAGGUAUGAACCCCAUCCUGAUAAUCCACAAGGGUGGACAAUGUGCAAGCAGGAGACUAGCAUACGUAUAAAGCCGUUGUCAGCACUGGCGUCAAUGGCAGAGAAGAUCGAGCAACGAUGUGUUGAUAAGUUCCAGCAGAACAGUGUGAAAGGUAGAGAAGUUAUGGAGAGGAUGUGUAAGUAUCUUGAAGCUGAAUCAUCUGGGAUUUCACUCUGAUUUUCAAUCGCUUGCUUUGAUUUUGCAGCAUUUUAGGGAGAAAAAACAUAAGAAUUGAAGUGACUUUUUAACUUUCAUCUUGGGCUUCUGGAAUGCUAGUAAUUAGGAUUUUAUGUUGCUUUUAGAGAAGAAAUUAACAUAACAAUAUAAGAUUGUAGAACUGUGGAGGUUUGAUCUGUUGAAUCCCCCCUUUACACAUUCAAAUUUUAGUGUAAUAAAGUGUUCUUUGGCACUUA